CUGGAAGUGGUUGCCUGUGGAGCCCACGUGUCUCGUGCAGCAUGGCGGAGAUUCGGAGUCCUAAAGUUGCGGAGCCUGCACCUCCUGGAGGGGCGAUGUCUGCGGAUCGCCAUGGCCUGCUGGAGCACAGCCGCGAGUUCUUGGACUUCUUCUGGGACAUUGCGAAGCCGCACCAGCAGACGCGGUUGGAGGCCACGGAGAAGCUCUUGGCGUACCUGCGAGCAAGGCCGGAGGGAUCCGAGAGGAAGUAUGCCCUGAAGCGUCUCAUCACUGGCUUGGGAGUGGGGCGAGAAGCCGCGCGGCCCUGCUACAGUAUGGCUCUGGCACAGCUGCUACAGUCUUUUGAAGACAUCCCCUUGUGCAGCAUCCUGGAACAGGUGCAGGAGAAAUAUGACCUGAACACUGCGAAGAAGGCAACAAUAAGACCUGUGCUGUUUGCAAACCUGUUUGGGGUGCUGGCACUGUUUCAGUCAGGCCGACUAAUGAAGGACCAAAAGGCCCUGAUGAAGUCGGUGAAGCUGCUGCAGGUCCUGAGCCACCACUACAACCACCUACAGGGGCAGCCCCUGCAGGCCUUGGUGGACAUCCUUUCCGAGGUCCCAGAGGCCAUGUUUGAGGAGCUCCUGCCAAAGAUCCUCAGGGCUGACUUCAGUGUGAUCCUCAGCUCUCCCAGGCACCUAGAGCUCUUCCUCUUGGCCUACCGGAAGGUGCCCUCAAAGCUCAAGUCCUGGAUGGGAUCUAUUGACCUGUUCACAGAUGAGAAUAUGCCCAGACUGGUGAAUGUGCUGAGGUUGGCAGCUACCUCGGCGAAGAAGGAGAACAAGCUGCCCAACGUGGCCCUGGACCUGCUCCGCCUGGCUCUUAAGGAGAAUAAAUUCCCGAGUUUCUGGAAGGAAGUCCUGGAGCAGGGGCUCCUGACUAAGGCAUCCUGGCCAGCCAGCUUUCUGUGCUUCCGCCUGCUGGGCGCAGCUCUGCCCCUGUUGUCCAAGGAACAGCUGCAGCUGGUGAUGCGAGGAGACUUGGCCCGUCACUUCGGGGAGCACAUGGUCACUGCUAAGCUCUCAAGUCAGUCCAAGUUCAUCCCAGAGAUGAGCGAGUACGUGGGCACCUUCCUGGAGGGUUGCCAGGAUGACCCUGCACGGCAGCUGUCUGUGAUGGUGGCCUUCUCGUCCAUCACAAACCAAGGUCUCCCUGUCAUGCCUACCUUCUGGCGUGUCACAAAGUUCCUGAGUUCCCAGGCCCUCCGAGACUACAUGGCCUGGCUGCAGGACAUGUUUCUCCGGCCGAACCUAGACUGCUUGGUUGACUUCAGCACUGCCAACCAGAAGAGAGAACAAGACGCUUCAUUCAACUCACCCGAGCGGGCUGUAUUCCGGCUCCGGAAGUGGAUCAUCCACCGCCUGGUCAGUCUUCUGGACACCUUGCAGCUGGAGAAAGAGGAGACCUUGGUCGAGCAGGUGGCCAGGUUUUGUUUGUUCCACUCCUUUUUCAAGACGAAGAAACCCACGGGCCAGAUCCCAGAGACCAAGCAGCAGUUCUCCCUCGAUAUGGACAGCCGCAUCCGAGAAUUCUUUGUCAACGCCUUCUUCAGCCUACUACAGACCCUCACCACCAAGUCCAGGCACGUACCAGGCCAGGCCCACAGUGGGCACCCCUGGAUCUACCGCCUGGUGCAGCUUGCAGACAUGCUGUUGAAUCACAGUCGCAACGUGGCCAUCAUCACACCCUUCACAACACAGCAGCGCCAGGCCUGGGACCACAUGCUGGAGACUCUAAAGGAACUGGAGGCCCGCUCCUCAGAGCCCAAGGCAGCUGCCUUCCAGCACCUGCUGCUCCUAGUGGGCCUUCACCUCUUCAAGUCUCCCACAGAGAGCUGUGACCUCCUAGGGGACAUCCAGACCUGCAUCAAGAAGAGCAUGGGGGAGAAGACCCGCCGCUCCCGCUCCAAGGCCAUCAAUGCCAAGGAGCCGCCAUGGGUGGAAGUGAUGGUGGAGAUCCUGCUGUCCCUGCUGUCCCAACCCAGCAACCUGAUGCGCCAGGUGGCCCGGAGCGUGUUUGGUCACAUCUGCUCCCACCUGACGCCACGCGCCCUACAGCUUAUCCUGAAUGUGCUGAACCCUGAAGCAAACCAGGAUGAGGACGAUGCCGUGGUGGUCACCGAUGAUUCUGAUGAGAAGCAGCUGAUGGAUGCAGAGGAUGAGAGCUCAGACAGCAAAGAUGAGAACUCAGAGAGUGAAGCAGACAGUGAGGGAGAGGAGAGUGAGGAAGAGGAGCGUGAUGAGCACGUGGACCCGGGCUUCCGCCAGCAGCUCAUGGAAGUGCUGCAGGCCGGGAAGGCACUGGGUGGCGAGGACAGUGAGGAGGAAGAGCUGAGCGACGAGGCCAUGAUGGCCCUGGACGAGAGUCUCUCCAGCCUCUUUGCCGAGCAGAAGCUGCGUAUCCAGGCCCAGCGGGAUGAGAAGAACAAGCUGCAGAAGGAGAAGACACUCCGGCGGGACUUCCAGAUUCGGGUGCUAGACCUCGUUGAGGUGCUGGUGACCAGGCAGCCUGAGAGCCCCCUGGUCCUGGAGCUGCUGGAGCCACUGCUGAACAUCAUCCAGAGAAGCAUGCGCAGCGGCGGCAGCAGCAAGCAGGAGCAGGACCUGCUGCACAAGACAGCCCGUAUCUUCAUGCACCACCUGUGCCGUUCCCGACACUACUGCCGCGAUGUGGGCCACUGCACAUCGGCCCUGCAUGGCCAGGUGGAGCGGCUGGUACGGCAGGCUGGCCAGCAGGCCGACUCCUCGGUCACCCUCUACUACUUCAAUGCCUCCCUCUACCUGCUGCGUGUCUUGAAGGGCAGUGCUAACAAGAAGCACGUGCCAGGGGGCCAGCAGCAGCAGGGCACUGGUGCCAGUGAUGUCCCCGAAGACUCAGACUCUCAGACCACCAACUGCCUGGACUUGGACCUCGUGGCCCCAGUGUACUCAGCAGCACUCAGCUCCUUCCUGACCAAGCGCAACAGCCCCUUCACUGUUCCCAUGUUCCUCAGCCUCUUCUCCCGUUACCCGACCAUCUGUAAGCGUCUGCUCCCCGUCCUGCUGCAGUGCCUGGCCGGCUCAUCACGGGCCCGUCAGCAGACCCAGGCCUGCCUGCUGCUGCAGAAGACCCUUUCUGCACGGGAGUUGAGGGUGUGUUUUGAGGAUCCUGAGUGGGAGCCGCUGAUUGGCCAGGUUCUGGCGAAGGUCACUGAGAACCUGCGUGAGCUCGGGGAAGCGCAGAGCAAGUCAGAGAACCAGAAGCAGCUGACCUCCCUGGAGCUGCUCAACACUCUGCUCAGGAUCAUCCAUCACGAGGAGCUGGCUGUGGACCUGACCGCGCUCCUGGGUGUGCUGCAGGGCCAGCAGCAGAGGCUGCGGCAGAGCCUACAGCAGGGCGAGCACUCCAUCGGCUCCAGCCGCCUCUAUGACCUGUACUGGCAGGCCAUGAAGAUGCUCGGAGUCCAGCGCCCCAAGGUGGAGAAGAAAGACACCAAAGAAGUCCCCGGUACCUCUGAGAGCCCCAUUAGCACAAAGCGGAAGAAAAAGGGGUUCUUACCCGAGACCAAAAAGCGUAAGAAACGCAAAUUGGAGGCUGCUGCACCUGAGGAGGGUGCCAAGCCAGAGGGAGCCACUCCUGUAGCCACUGGUGGCAACCAGCCCCCCAGCACAGGCAAGAAGAAGAGAAGAAGAGCAAAGGCCAAGGGCCUGGCCCAGCCCCAAGUGAACGGGACACCUGCCACCAAGAGCCCAGCCCCUGGCGCCCCCGCCUUGAGCCCCAGCACCCCUGCCAAGACUCCAGAGCUGAAAAAGAAAAGCAAAAGGCUGUCACGGGUGAACGGAGACACCCCUGUGUCCCCCACAGAGCCCUCAGGCAAAGAGCAGCAUCAGAAAGUGCUUGCCAAAAAGGGAAUCUCAGGCAAGUCCCCACAGUCCACCCUGCCACGGAAGAGGUCCAGGCUGUCUGUGGUCAGGAGCCCCAGCUUGUUCCAGAGCGGAGCCAAGAAAAAGAAGUCGCUGCGGAAGAAGCUGAGAACACCCUGAGUGCUGGUGCCCUGUCCCAGUGCAGCAGCCCUGGAGACUCCUGUGCUUCCUCCUGAUUUUAACAAACCAGCCUCAGGACGCAGCUUCCUAUUCUGAGCAGGGGUCUGUCCCCGUCCCACCCCAGACACCAGGACCUCAUUUAAAUAGGUUUAUUUCUUCAUUUACAAGAGGAAUAUAUUUGGCUUCUCUUUAAUAUUCUGAGAUUCACAAUCAGCAGCUCUUAAAAAAUAAAGGAGCAGUUUGGCUUCCGGAAGGAAGAGGAGGCAA